AUGCCGUCCUCAUCAUCUCACUUUCAUCGACUCAAAACAGCCAAUACCGAACUUGUCGUGUUGUCAUUACUUCUCCUCCAAAAGUCUAGAGAAGGAUACACCCCACCUCCGACUUACACUUCAGUUCUGUUUCCUACAAGUACAUCAUGCGUCAGUAACCUUGGAAUUUUUGCUGAUUGGGUAAACCCUACUGUAGCAGAUUUAGCUCAGGAAUUUCCGAAUCCAUGCGCUGAUGCACCAUCGGCGUCUGCGCGCAUAAUUUGUAAUCAGCUACAUGAAUGGGACAGGAAAGCUCGGGCCAAACCACCAGUGGGAUCGUUUGCUGUAUCGCCACCUGCUAUCCCAGGAAGAGGUCGAAUGAUCGCCGCACAACUUGCACCUAUUACUUCCACUCCUUAUCAAUGCUUGGAUCUCGAAUGUCUCUGUACAUAUUUACGAGGCAAGUGA